GGACGGUACCGUUACCGAGAGCGCGAGGAAGGAGAGGGAGGCUCCGCGAGCCGUCGUCGUUCGUCGUCUGUGUGUAGCUACCGUGUUUCUUUUUUGCCGAUAUUACAUCAUAUAUAUAUAUAUAUAUAUAUUCAGUCCUGACUUGGCUUCCACAGAGGAUACUCUCAUGAGCCGUUUAAUUCCCAUCGAUAUUUGGUAUUUAUUUUUUACCUGCAAGUUUUUUAGGCGACGGAAUCGUGGCUAGCGUCUGAUGUUCGUACGAUUUGCAAAAAACGACAGUCCGUCGGACGUUUGUAAACAAUAGUGUGUGAACGUUUACGUCUAACACAGCUUUUCUUUUGCGUGUGCGCUUUAUUGAAUUUGUUGUCAGUCGUUGUAAUCGAGCAAUACAUUUACGCGAAGCACAACUGUAUGUCUUGUUCUCUAAUUACAUUUUUUUUUUUAAUUUUAAAACGCUCGACUGUUAUUUAAUCACACGAAUAUAUAUAUAAAAGCAAUCGUGCAAGGUAAAUCUCGCACACAAGCGACGCACGCAAUAUUAAUCGUACAAGAGCAAUUUCACGCGCACGGAGGCAGCUGGCGGUUGAAGUUUAAUACGAAGCUGUGUGUAGUGAACGCCUAACGCGAGCAAUUAAAAGAGCAUAUUUAUUUACCUGUCGUCUUACUAGUACGCACACGUACACACGCACACACACGUUGGCUGUAUCAAGCAUCCCUCAAGGACCAUCUCCACAGACCGUUCCCAAAAGAGCCUGCACGACGCAGUGGAAGAAUGGCCCUCUCGGUUAUUCUGUCGCUUCUCCUCGGGUCUUUUUCCCUCGCCGUGGCCUCACGUAAUACGACCGCAGGUUGUGCUAUCAUUCGCCCACCAAGAGAUGGAGGAAUCAGAUACAGGGGUCUGACACAGGAACAGAUCCGCAGUGUUCAGGUGCUGCCGGUGGAUUAUGAAAUCGAGUAUAUCUGCAGAGGGAACAGAGUGAUCGUGGGACCAAAGGUCAGGAAGUGUCUCCCUGACGGCACAUGGACUGACCUGAACCAGCGCAGCAAAUGCUUGCUGCCGUGUGCGCGGGUGUGGACGUCUUUGGAGAACGGCCGCGUGACAGUUCACCCUCCAGGCCCAGCGGUGGAGGGCACAAUACUGCACUACAGCUGUCUGGAGGGUUUCAUCCUGGUGGGCAGAAACAGCACUCAUUGCACUAAGCUGGGCAAGUGGGACUCACCCAAACCUGUCUGCCACUUUGACAGACAUUAUACAGGCAAGAAGAAGCUGUACAUCGGAGCCCUGUUCCCGAUGAGUGGCGGAUGGCCGGGUGGCCAGGCUUGUCUCCCUGCUGCCCAAAUGGCCCUGGAUCUGGUGAACAAGAGAACGGAUAUUCUUCCGGAUUAUGAGCUUGAAUUAAUCUACUAUGACAGUAUGUGUGAUCCUGGUGAGGCCACGAAGCUGCUGUAUGACCUGCUGUACACGGAGCCCAUAAAGAUCGUCCUGAUGCCAGGCUGCAGCUCUGUGUCCACACUGGUGGCCGAAGCCGCGCGCAUGUGGAACCUCAUAGUGUUGUCCUACGGAUCCAGUUCACCAGCACUCUCCAACCGUCAGCGUUUCCCCACCUUCUUCCGCACGCAUCCCUCAGCCACAUUGCACAACCCCACCCGCGUGCAGCUCUUCCAGAAGUGGAAGUGGACCAAAAUUGCCACCAUCCAGCAGACCACUGAAGUCUUCACCUCUAUGUCUCCAUGCUCUUUACUUUCCCUCCCUCUAUUUCUCUGUUCUCCUUUAAUCUCGUUCUCUCUCUCUCUCUCUUUCUCUCAGACUCUGGAUGAUCUAGAGCAGAGGGUGAAGGAGGCAGGCAUUGAGAUCAGCGUGAGGCAAAGUUUCCUCACGGACCCUGCUGUGGCCGUCAAGAACCUCAAGCGCCGAUGGGAACGGAAAUUUCUGCAGCGGCAAGAUGCUCGCAUCAUUGUGGGCCUGUUUUAUGAAACGGAAGCCAGGAAAGUGUUUUGUGAGGUCUAUAAGGAGAAGCUGUAUGGGAAAAAGUAUGUGUGGUUUCUGAUUGGCUGGUAUGCUGACAACUGGUUCAAGAUCAAAGAUCCAUCCAUCAACUGCACUGUGGAGCAGAUGACAGAAGCUGUGGAGGGUCAUGUGACUACUGAGAUUGUCAUGCUCAAUCCGGAGACGGUGCGAGGGGCCUCUAACCUGACCUCGCAGGAGUUCCUAGCACAGCUGAUGUCCAAACUGGGUGGGAAGAAUCCAGAGGAAACUGGAGGGUUUCAGGAAGCUCCUCUGGCGUAUGAUGCCAUUUGGGCUCUGGCUCUGGCUCUCAAUAAGACAGUGGGGCCUUUGAAGGCAAAAGGACGGAGAUUGGAAGAUUUUAAUUACAAUAACAAGGACAUUACUGCAGAGAUCUACCGAGCCCUCAACACCAGCUCAUUUGAGGGGGUUUCGGGUCAUGUGGUGUUUGACGCCCAGGGUUCCAGAAUGGCAUGGACCCUCAUCGAACAGCUGCAAGGAGGAAGCUACAAGAAGAUUGGAUACUACGAUAUGACCAAAGGCAAUCUCUCUUGGUAUGGGAAUGACAGGUGGAUAGGCUCUGGUCCACCUGCUGACCAAACUGUGGUGAUUCAGAAGUUCAGAUAUCUGUCACAAAAACUUUUCGUUUCGGUGUCUGUUUUUGCUGGCUUGGGCAUUUUAAUGGGCAUCAUUUGCCUCACCUUUAACAUCUACAACAGCAACGUCAGGUACAUUCAAAACUCCCAGCCGUACCUGAAUAACAUGACGGCAGUGGGCUGUAUGAUGGCUCUGGCUGCUGUUUUUCCUCUGGGAAUUGACGGACUGCAUGUACGCAACUCUCAGUUUCCCGUGGUCUGUCAGUUCCGUUUGUGGCUGCUUGGACUUGGCUUCAGUUUGGCUUAUGGAAGUAUGUUCACGAAGAUCUGGUGGGUUCACACAGUGUUCACAAAGAAGGAUGAGAAGAAAGACAAGAGAAAGCAGCACCUGGAGCCCUGGAAGCUCUAUGCCACUGUGGGAGUCCUGCUGGUUAUCGACAUCCUGUCCCUUAUGAUUUGGCAGAUCGUGGAUCCCCUGCAUAUCACAGUGGAGAAGUUCACUAAAGAAGCACCUAAAGGGGACGUGGAUCAGCUGAUCGAGCCUCUGCUGCAGCACUGCAGUUCAGAGAAGAUGAACACAUGGCUUGGUGUCGUUUAUGGCUAUAAGGGUUUACUGCUGCUUCUGGGUAUUUUUCUGGCUUAUGAAACCAAAUCUGUGUCCACUGAAAAAAUAAACGAUCAUCGAGCUGUUGGGAUGGCCAUCUACAACGUCUCUGUGUUGUGUAUGAUAACGGCUCCCGUCACCAUGAUUCUGUCGUCUAAGCAGGACGCCUCGUUCGCCUUCGCCUCGCUGGCCAUCAUCUUCUCCGUCUACAUCACUCUGGUUGUCCUCUUCGUCCCUAAGAUGCGGAGGCUUAUCACUCGUGGUGAGUGGCAGUCGGACCAGCAGGAGACCAUGAAGACCGGCUCAUCCACGAACAACAAUGAUGAAGAGAAAUCCCGCCAGCUGGAGAGAGAGAACAAAGAGCUGCAGAAGAUCAUCCAGGAGAAAGAGGAACGUGUAUCAGAGCUGAGAAACCAGCUGUCAGAGCGACAGGCCCUGCGCUCCAGGAAACGACCCACCUCCUCCAAUCAGAACCACAGCUCUCCAUCUCUCCCCACUCCUCAGAACGAUCCCAAAUCUCUCCUCCCACCACCAGGAUACCCCCUCCCUGCCUCCGACAACCACUCCCUCCCUCCCACCUUCUCCAACUCCUCCACCCUCUACCAGCCCGACGGCAAAAUCAACCGCAACAACUGCCACGCUGGCCGACUGCAGCUCCUCUACAAGUGAGCCUGGAGGAACUGGGAUGAAAUGCAAGCGGGGACACGGUGAACUGAAAGAGGGGAGAAAAACAAGCUACCUUGAUUCGCGGCCCACAAUUUUCCCCAUCUCCGCCCAGCAGACGGCCUUGUUUGUUUCUUUUGUUUCCGACACUUGCUGUGAUUCAUGGGAGGUUAUAAACAGGAGGCUUGAGAAUCUGGUUUAGAUUGCAUCAUUUGAUGUGUCACCAUAUUUGAAAACCACACAUGCAAAUGAGUAACCCUCAGCUGAUUUUGACUCGGAAAAUUGUGGACGAAUGAUGACAUGCUAAAAACGUCCAUACAAAAACAUCAUUCCCAUUAUUCCCUUAAAAUACUAAUAAUACCACAAUUUUUUGAUAAGCUUUGCUUUUUUUGUUCAUAUUUUCUACAGCUCCUACAGUUCAAUCAGGUUGUCUGAAUACAAGCCAUGACACACCAAGCUGACCAUCGGCCAACGUCAGGCCAUCGUAGAGCAUCAGUCAGACUAGUUUUUGUGGUGUGUUCAGCACCGUUUGCACUAGUCAGACCCAACUAGUGGCUUUUUGGCCUAUUGAGCAUGUUGGAUCGACAUCCGUUGAGAGAGAACUCUGAUUGGCUGUUUGGUUUAACAAACAAGUGCAUGAGAAUAAAAGCAAAAGUCAUGAAUACAAGUACAGAAGGCUGUUCUAAUUUUUUGUCAUCUGACCUGAACAUUCAAUAAGCAAAUACUGUCCAAUUUUUCAUCUGCAAUUUAAAGAAAAAAAACAUUAUUCAUAUUUAAAAUGGCUUUGUUUAUGGAUCGUAUACAUACAGUCUUAGUUCUGGUUUCCUUUUCUGAAUGACAAAUACAGGCUAUUGAUACAUGCAGUUAUUUUCUCUCAUGUAGGCACAGAAUGUACCUGCUAGUUGGCUUUUGGCUGUAGCCAUCGCAGCAUGUUCAAGCGCAACUUUUAGGCCAGACGUAAACACGAGGCAACAACAGUCAGCUUUCGUUGCUGCUAGUUUGGUUUGGUGUGUCAAGGCCUUAAAGGGAUAGUUCACCCAAAAAUGAAAAUUCAUUAAUUUAUGUCAUUAAUUACUCACCUUUAUGUCAUUCAAAACCUGUAAGACCUUCGUUGUGACAUGGACUAUUUCAAUAAUGUUUUUCAUUCAAUUUGAACUCUGAAUCUGCAUUAGAGAGACUGACUGAUUCACGUUUUGAAUUACAUUUUGAUUAUCAUGACAUUGAAUUGCAAUAUAUGUAUUGCGAUAUGUAUCGUAUAGCGAAGAUGUUGCCGUUUUCAUUAGUCUGACAAGUGCUUAAUGCAAUCGCGAGUCAGUGUGGUAAUGACAUGGAAGAUUUUUUACAUUUACAUUUAUUCAUUUGGCAGACACUUUUAGCCAGUGCAUUUUACAGUACGUCUAAAGUUUACAUUUUAUCAGUAUGUGUUCCCUGGGAGUCGGACCCUUAAUCUUAGUGUUGCUGGCAUCAUACUUGAACUGCGUUUGACUUCUGACAUACUUCAUAUCCUGUUGUUAAUCUACCAAUUUUCCAAUUUCAACAUGACCUCAUAAACAAUUUCGUUUUAUUAGCCCAUUACCUCAUUUUGAACUCACUUUUUAGGGAUUCCUAUCUUGCAUCACAGACAUGAUACCUCAAAUCGUGUAGUUUGUUGAAGAGAGGUGUGCUAUUGCUUUUCUAAGUGAUCAAACUAAUGAUUUUCACCAGGCAAGUGUAAAGAGCCAAUAAAUCUACACUAAAGGAAGGACAUUUUUGUAAGAAACCCACCAGAAUACCUUAGCAACUUCAUAGCAACAUCCUGCCAAUUUAAUGUGAUUUUUACAUGGACAAAAAUCUCUCAUAAUUUCUUUAUCAAAAAUAGUCUAGCUUCGCAAUAACCUGCAAUGAUGUAAUGAAAUGAUGUUGGUUUGCUUAUAGCCAGCUUUUCUCCCAGAGCAUGCUGGGAUAAUAUAUUAACAGUCACAAGCUGUUGAAGGUGUUUGAAGUCUUUGUACAGAGGAGACGUAAUUUCAUCACAGAUUUGGUGGUUUUGUUUUUAUUAGAUCCCCCUUGUCGCUGAAAGCUGCAGAUUGAAUCUCCCAGUAUUGUAAUGCAGUUUGCUUUUAAAUGGCACCUGCCAUAUUGAAAGCGUCACAGGAUGCUGCUACUUUGCAAUGCAGAUAACAUUAAAAGUGCAUUGUGCAACCAUCUUUGUUUGUUUGGUACACAGCAAUGAAAAAGAUUUUUGAAAAGAGGAAUUAGUUCAUUAGUUGAGCGUGCAAUACGGUACUUUACUUGGACACGCACAUUCACACUCUCAUCAGCUGCUUUGUGUCACUCAAACCACGUUACGUUCCUGAUUUAAUCAAAAACUGAAACCCUACUGUACAGUACAGUACAUGAUUUCUGAACACAGUAUAGAGGAACUGUAAUUCUUGGUCACCUCAUCAUGAAUAAAACGCCAGUUUCUGCAGCGCCUCCUAAAUGACAGUCUUCAAUGGCAGCUUUCCUCCACAGCUGUGCGUCUGUUUGACCCUCGUAAACUCUUGCUUUAUCUCGGUGUGUGCGGCUUGGAUUCAUCAGCAGGCCUGUACAGCAAAGUUUCUUCGGUUUCAGCUGGACUAUAAAUGGUUCGUCUCGUCAGCCUCAUUUCAUUCUUUGCGGCGGCAAAAACUCUCUCAUUUGGAGGGACAGGAUGUACAGAAAAAAAAAAUCCCUGCAGGGACUAUGAGAGUCAUUUGUCUAUUCAUAAGUGCUUGUGACAAUAGCACAUUGCUCAGUAUUUUUGAGAACUGUUAAUGCCUCAUAAUAUUUGGAAUGUUGCUGCUGGUUUUGUCAAACAUAUAUAGGCUGUGUUUGGAAUAGCAUGCUAGCAUACUACCCUUAGUGUAGUAUAUAGUAUGUAUAGUGGGUACAUUAUAUGGCUGGGUACCAUAUCCCACAAUUAAAUCUCUCAAACUGCAAUAGAGUGAAACAUUCAGGUUCACAAAGUAAAAAUCCUGUUCAUUUUCUUAAUGGGGAAAUUCGGUUUUUAAUAGUAACUAAACCUUUAAAGACAACUACUCUGAGUUACGAGGUUGAUAAUCUUUUGUUGAAGCCAUCAGCCCAUAUUUCAACACAUUUUUCAAAUAAUCAUGCUUAAAGGUGGAAUUCCUUGAGGAAAAACCACAUUACCCAUGAUUCUGCAGAGAAUCUCCACCAAUCAGAGAACUGCAACAAGUAAAUUUCGCCACAAGAUCUCAUGAAGCACUGCAAAUGAUUUAGAGUCAGUUUCCCUGCACUCUUAAACUACUUAAAUGUUUGUAUGCAUAAUAUGCACAUUUUGCAAUAAAAGUAAAAUAUAUUGUUUCUAUAUCAAUAGUCUAUAUUUCUUCUUCUUUUUUAAAUGUGUUUGUCAUUUGCAAUGCUUCAUGGGAUUGUAGUUUUUUCCCCUUCUUGUACCUUUGUCUUUUUGUCCAAUUUUCAAAUACUUUUUUUGCUUCAAACCAAAAAUUGUUCAUGGCUUAUAACGGAAGAUUUUUUUAAUCACUAUGGUAACAAUUAUUUGGAGAAAUACUCCCAGAACCAAUAAAGUUGUCAGUCACAAUAUUAAAUAUUAUAUAUUAAGCACCCAAAAGUUAUAUUAAAAUGCAUAUCAACCAUAUUUAUUUAUCAAAUAAUAACUGGACACAGUUUAAAGUUUGAAAUGUUUAGUGUAGCGUAAUGCAUACAGUUUGAGAUACUAUUUGUUAAUAAGAAUACAGUAUAUAUACUGGCAGUAUAGUACUAUACUAUGCUACAGUAAACUAGUACUCCAUUCCGAACACAGAUGGAGAUUGAACUGCAUCAUGAUGUCAUGUAUUUGGUGUGUCAUAAGCACUUGUGAUUGGCUAAAUGCUGCUCUGGUGAUUUACACAAAGCCGAUACAAGAUGACUUUCCAGGAAUCCUGGGGAGGAUGUCGUGAACAUAAGUACAAACCCCACCAUGGUGUUUAUUAUCGGCCUACUGUAAUAUUUUAUUCAUCAUUUCUCGUCAAAUGGUGGUUCAAUAAUAAUCAUGAUAGUGAUGUUCAUGCAGACAAUGAUAUGCACAAAUGUUAAUUGUGUAAAUGCUAAAUGUACAUGAUAAAUGUAUUCUCUUGCACAAAGUAUGAAGUAUAUAAAGUCAAAGGUAUCCGUAUGUGGUAUUGAAAAUAUAUUUGUAUUUGUACUAUGAUAGAUUCUGUACAACGCUAUUGGACUGGUGUCUAUGGUGAAAUAAAUGUAGUUUUUGCUACAUUUUUUAAAACUC